ACUAUGGAGAACAAUUUAAUAAUCAAUUCCUUCUGUCUGGUUAAUAACAUUUAAGUUCAACAUCCAUCUCUGUUAAUGUUUAAUCAGUUUAUCCUGAACCUUCCAAUUGAUUCAUACGGUCUUUGUUCAUUAAAGAACGGUUUAAGACAGUUGUACACAAAAGUUAGAAUCCAAGUGUCCAGCACCAGUUUAUUCAUGCAAGGGACAAGCACAUUUUGGUUUUUAAGAAAAUAACCAUUCUUUUUGUGAGGUCAAUACAGAAACAUUUUUUUUUUUUUUUUUUAUGUAAACAGUUUUUGGGAGGAACUUUUUUUUUUUUUUUUUGGAGCUGGUUAACGGUCCCUUUACUUAUAUAAUUACAAAAACACAUAGUGUAUUAUUUGGAGUUGGUUCCGGGAAUAAAUUAUUUAAUUUGGCAAUUGAUGUUUUAUUAAUAUCUGGGAUUUUUUUCAAUGUAUCAAACCACAAUGUAACACAUCAUCAUCAUCAUCAUCAGCCUGUCACGCCACUGCUGGCGGGUGGCCUGCACAUCUUACUCCACUCAUCACGGUUUUGGGCACUUUGGGUCCACGUGCUGCCAAAAAUGCAAGAAAACUGUCCAGUUUCAUUGAAGAUAACGAGUUGUAUGAAAAUCCCUAGUUUUGUAUCAUUUGUUUGAUUGUGAUUUUGUUUGUACUGUUCAUUUCAAUUUUGUGUUAUUUUUAAUUUAAUAUUUUUUUCCUCAUUAUUUCUGCCUUACUGUUCUGCUCAUAGGGUGGUGAGUGUAAUAAUUUUGAAGAUAUGAAAAAAAAAUCUCUGGUUAUUGUCGGUCGACACAAGAAGACGUACAGGGCAUAGAAUUAGAACACAUAGAUGGGGUGCCAUCGUGUCUAUUUAUCUUUUAUUUGACGAGUUUUUGGAAAUAUUUUUGACAUCAUUUUACUUAAUAAAUUGUCAGGCAGUUCUAAACUGCACAUGCAAGAGAUGAUGUCUAAUUUUAUGCAGAAGUGGCGCAGCCUUCCAGUGUUUCCGAUCUAUGCGCUGCAGCUCUGCGGAAUCUGCAGCCGGGGUCUGCAGGGAGAAAGCCGCACAAAACAUGGAUCUGAUCAGCAAGCCGCGAGGAAAGUCCACCGUGUGGAUGUACUUUGGCUUAAAAGCCGACGAGAGGGGGAAGCCUAUGAACACCGACAGGGCCGUGUGCCGUCUAUGCAGAAAAGUCGUGAUUUCUAAAGGAAACACCACAAAUUUAAGAAGUCAUUUGAGACGUCGACAUCCUGCGGAGUUUAUUGAAAUCACAAACUUGGCGACCACCAGGGCUUUUGCGGAAGGCCAGGGUGUGGACAUCAACCACGAUGAGCUCACAGAGGACGCUGCAAUACUCCAAAACCAUUCAAACUCCAGUUACGUCCCGGACGCCGUGAUCCCACCAGGCGAGCCGUGGCUCCACGGCGGACCCUGCAGGGCUGUGCUGUCCCUGCCAUCCUGUCUGUGCGUGUACCAGGACGGCGGCCCUGGAAUGUCCAGUCCGGGGUUUCCUGGAGAGGGUCGAGGGGAGAUGAAGGUGUACGCCAAGUGUCAACUUCAGCAGGGCGUCAUGUUCGGCCCAUAUGUGGGAGAAGUGUGCAAAGGACAAAUGCCAAACAACCUCAAAUAUGCUUGGGCUGUCAGAGAUGAUUCUGGAUUCUCCUACGUGGAUGCUGUGGAUGAAAACAAGUCCAACUGGAUGAGAUACGUGACGUAUACAAGCAGCGAGGAGGAACACAACCUGGUGGUGUUCCAGUUCUACCGCCACAUCUACUACAGGGUUUCCCAGCCUAUCUCAGAGGGGACUGAGCUCAAGGUCUGGAUUGGCAGGGAUUACGCCUCCCUUUUGGGUCUGGGGAUGGGUGACAACGUCAAAUGUGAAAUCGGAGACAAAGAGGCGGCUCUGCGCCUCCUGCAGGACAUUCAGCUGGUCACCCUGCCUGAGCUGAGCAGCACCUCCCUCUGGUCAGACAGCAGCCAAUCACAGAGCCCCAUGCCGGUCAUCAGCGAUGUGACGACCGUGUCAAACCCAGAGGCAGCGGGGGAUCCAGGCAUGAUGUCCACCUCUUCCUUCUCCUCCACCUCCCAGAACUCCUUGAUCUCCCAGUGUUCUUUCCUCACGGAAAAGUACGACUUCCUGCCAGGAACGGAGAAGCUGUUGAGCAACCCAAACGCACCCCUGAACAGCCCGUGGCAUUUCUUCGGGCUGGAGCCGGACCCCACCGGCAGGCCUCUGGACCGCAGCACGGCCGUGUGCAAGCUGUGCAUGGAGCACGUGAGCUGCGGAGGAUCGCUGGAUCUCCAGAACCACCUGACCAGCAAGCAUCACAUCAAACUCCGCGACAUGGUGAAGGACCGCAGUCUGGCAGCAGCCGUUCCUCUGCGCCCUCUACCAGCGGUCGGCCAGACGGUUUCUUCCCAAGUGGUCAACGCCAUCGUCAACUUUCUCAUCACGGACCUCCAGCCGGCGUCUGUGGUGGAAGGCAGCGGCUUCAGGCAGCUGCUGCACACCCUCCUGCCCGCCCACAGGGAGCUGCCCAAGCCCUGGCUGCUGGAGGGCGUCAUGAGGGACCAGCACAUCCGCGGCAGGGUGAGCCUGGCUCAGCUGCUGAGGCAGAAGACCGGCGGCGCCGAGAGAGACGAGGUGAGCGACCACACCGCUCCGCUGGAAUGCGAGCCCUGGAAGUGUCAGAGGCCCUCCACCAAUCAGAGGGAAGCUCCGCCGUUUGUGACUCUGAGCGGGGAGUUGUGGCUGCACAGCUGGCAGGGGAACCCGGAGCGCUACCUCACCCUCUGGGCUCACUGCAUCGACGAGAACUUCAGCUUUCACAACCAGGCGCUGGCGACCCGAAAGCUGACCAGCAGCGGGGAAAACUACUUCGAAGCCCUGGAGGCGCAGGUGAAGGCGAUGACGGAGGAGUGGGGGGGCUUUCGGCCAAAUUUCAUCGUGCUGGGAGUGGAGGGGACGAGCAGGAUGGGGAUGGACCCCGCGACGAGCGAGAAGAGCGCAGAGGCCACAGGAAGCUGUGCUCACCCAAACUCAACGACUUUCUUAGAGCGGGAGGAUUCCGCGUCCCCCGAGGAGGUGCGCGCCUCGGAGCCGGGGGAGUUUGGCGAGGGCUUUCCGUUGGUGCCGUGCUUCUUUAGCUCUGUGCAGGCCGGCAUUGAGGAGCUGAUGGCGCACCCCGUCAUCCGCAAAACUCUCAGCCAGUUCCAGGAUCACCUGAGCGAGCUGUUCCUGCCGCCCACCCAGAGCAAAGGCUCCCUGCUCGUCCACGCCCACAAGCUCCUGAAAAGCCUCCCCAAGGAGGAGCAGGCGCAGCUCACCUCCUGGGCUCACUGCCGGCCGGCCUGGAAGGACCUGUACCCUCUGCUGAGCACGCUGGUCAAACACAAAAGCCUCAUCUCGGACGUGUUAAAGGAGGUCAAAGGCGAGCGUUCGGCCGCAGAGUCUGCUCUCGGCGGCUGCCCCCCGAGCUCAACCGCCGCCCCGCAGGCUCUGCGCUCCGAAUGGAAGGUGUUGGAGGAUCUGUGUCUGGUGCUCAAACCGCUGGACGUCGCCUGUCAGACUCUGGCCAAGGAGGCCUUCCCCCGCCUGUCCCUCAUCAAACCCAUCCUUACCGGCCUGCUGUCGCGCCACUUCGUGGCCCGGCCGGGAGACUCCUCCUCCAUCCUCAAGGAGGUGAAGCGGUUGAUGAGGAGGAAGCUGACGAGCUGCUACAGCAGCCCCGCUGUCAACAGGGUCUUGUGCGUGGCGUGUUCCCUGGACCCGCAGUUCCGUGAGCUGGGCUUCAUGGAAGAGAAGGAGCAGGCCGCCACCUUCAACUGGCUGAAGAACGAGGCUGUGAGGAUCACCAAGGAGAACUCCUUAAAGAAACCGAGCAAGACGGAGGAGCGGCUGAAGAGGAGCGUCUCCCCCGAGUCACCGGAGUCCGAAAACGACUUACGGAGGAGCAAGCGCCUCAAAGAGUGCCCCCCGAUCAACUUCAAAGAGAUGGGAGGUGAAGAGAGCGACCCCGGAGAGGCGGAGGAGAGCGAGGAGCCAGACCCCGCUUUUCAGCCGGGGCUGUCUGGGAUGGAGUUCCUGCUAGGAGACCUGUUCUGCUCCGCUUCCAAGAACCGGGAGAGUUCUGCGGAGGAGUCGGUCGACAUGGAGAUAUCGGUCUUCAGGGCCGACAAGGGGGCCUCUCUGGGGAUGGAGCCCCUGCAGUGGUGGAGGACCAAGGCGGUGCAGUUUCCUCUCCUGGCGUCAGUGGCUCGUGCCUACCUGGCCGCCCCCGCAGUGGCGGGGAACGCCGCGCAGGAAUUCAUACAGGACGGAACGACGAACAGGAGGAGAUCGAACAUUCCACCCGAAAGUUUGGACACCAUGCUCUUCCUGCACCACAACCACAUCUCUGUCACCGACGGCGGGCCGGCAGCAGCCAGCGACCGGGGCUGACGGGCUUUCAGCCCGACUUUGACCACAAAACACGCGAUCGGCCGGGCAGCAGCGGGUGGAGAAGAAGCGGCGAAUCACAAUCACUAAAGCUUUCUCCCUCCACUCACUCUGCUGCUCGCCAACGCAAACAUUUGAGCGUGCGGUCACGUGACGGCAGCUUCAUGCACGGGUCACACAGAUUAGAGCAGACUGAGAAAUUUAAAAGGAGAUAUAUCAGGGCUGCACAAUAUGAGGAAAACUCGCGAUUUGCAAUAUCAGUGAUCAAUAUUGCGAUGAUGAUAUAACUUGAGAUACAUGAACAAAUGGCAAAACAACCAAAAACAUCAUUUCCAUUUCACUGCAACAGUCUAAUUUAAAUGAGAAAAUCCCUAAAAUUACACUCCAGACGUCCUUCGUCUACAUAGGAGGUGAGCGUCUAAUAUUAAAGGGCUCAAUCUGAUUGGUCAAUGCGUAAAUGGAUUUAUUUGAUUCCACAAAUAAUUCAAGGUGCCGUAAGAUCGUUUUAGCACAUUUAAGGAAACCAUUAAUCGCAAUUUUCGCCGUCUUUUGCAAUGUGCGUAUUGUGCAGGCCCGGUAUAUUUAAUAAAUUGUCAUCUAAAACAGUCAAAUCCAGUUCAAAGUCCCAGAGGUCCAUCUACGGUAAUCCUUAAGCCUCAUCCACCCUUAAACCCAGUCGUGGAGGAGGAAACGGCUUCGUUGCAGCUGGUAGGAACACAAAAGGGGGACGUUUCGCAUCAACCUGGGGCACACGCAUAAAUCAGCUGGAGAGCUGCGUUAUCUUUAUCCAUCCAGGCAUUUAGUUUCUCUACGCAGCUUCCUGGCUGUUCGCGGCCACCCGUCUCACCAGGCUUCCGCACGCACCUCAGCCUCAGGGGAUGUGAUUCCAAGUCCCCGCCCCCUAAACCUUCUCAGAGGUCCAUUUAAAGACUUUUCUGGUCAUCUUUUGUGGUGGUAAGGAGUUCUGUCCAAUCAGGUGUAAGGCUGUUAUCCAAACACAAAGCAUGUAAGACGAACAAGUUAGCGCAACAAAGUGAGGAUCAUCAGCAUAGGAUCGUUGCAACACGCCUGGUCCGCCUCUGACGCGCGUACAACUGCGCACACGGCUGAGUUUUUGCAGCGCUGAAGUCCUGCAAUCGCCUGCAGACCGUGUUGCUCUAAAACAAAAAUGGAUCCAGCUCGUACCCAGUUUCCUUUGAACCUCUACAGAACAUCCAGAGGAUGUCGACAUCCCAGAAUGCUCAGAGUUGCCGUCACGUGAUUGGCUAUUUAAAUAUUUGCACCUAUAAGCAUAGCUGAUCAAGUUUAGACCCCUUCCAAGAGUUGAACUGACUGAAAACAUUGAUAACGUGAAGUGUAUUGUUGUUGUCGUUGGUGUAUUCAAUGUGUUUUUCUAGAGUCUUAGGAGGACGUCUGCGUGCGUUUGACUUUUUAACUACUGAUGGAGUCUGUUCUGUUAAUUACCUCGUAACUCUUAGUGCCUUACCUUGUUUCCCAUUUGAUUAUGCUUUUAACUAAACUAUCAAAGACAUUAAAACCCAAAUUAUGAUGGAGGUUAUGGCCUCUGAAUGAAGGUAUGGUGCACCGUCUCUAGCUGCAUUCUUUUUUUAAAUAAAGCAAGAUAUGAGUUAAAACCA